GGUGUGCUACAUCUGAGAAGCAGAGACAACGCCAAGGACACAGCUCACAGGCCGAUUUGGCUCUCAGCUCCCAAAUCCGGAUUGAACUGGGGACAAUUACCAGGACACUCUGGCCGAUAACUCUGAAGAGACCCCGUGAAGGAGGCACUGAAGAGUCCUGUAUUGCAGACCUAUUUUGUGCUUCUCCAAUAUGUGCACAGGGGACUGCGCCAAGUGCCUGGGGGGCACCCUCAUUCCCCUCGCCUUGUUCGGCUUCCUGGCUAAUAUCCUGUUAUUUUUCCCUGGAGGAAAAGUGAUAGACAACAACGACUACCUUUCUGAAGAGGUCUGGUUUUUCGGAGGAAUAUUAGGAAGCGGGGUCUUGAUGAUUUUCCCCGCGCUGGUGUUCCUGGGGCUGAAGAACAACGACUGCUGCGGGUGCUGCGGCAACGAGAGCUGCGGGAAGCGCUUCGCGAUGUUCACCUCCACAAUAUUUGCUGUGAUUGGAUUCUUGGGUGCUGGAUACUCAUUUGUCAUCUCAGCCAUCUCAAUCAACAGGGGUCCUAAGUGUCUCAUGGACAAUAGCACGUGGGGCUACCCCUUCCACAACGGGGAUUACCUCAAUGAUGAGGCCUUAUGGAGCAAGUGCCAGCAGCCUGCCGAUGUGGUUCCCUGGAAUCUGACCCUCUUCUCCAUCCUGCUGGUCAUAGGCGGAAUCCAGAUGCUUCUCUGUGCCAUCCAGGUGGUCAACGGCCUCCUGGGGACCCUGUGCGGAGACUGCCAGUGUUGCGGCUGCUGUGGGGGAGAUGGACCAGUUUAAAUCUCCUUGAUGAGCUGUUCUAACUCAACGGCAGUUGGGACAUUACAUUCAACUUCUUCUUUCUGAGGUUGGCACUUUCUGUCUGUGUUCCUAACCGACAAAGCUUCGGUACAACAGGACUAUCCUUUCUACUUUCCAAGAUGGCUUGGUUCACAGCUGAGCUCCACUUAGAUGUUUAUGCUAUUUUCAAAUACAAAAUAGUUUGGCCACUUCAGUGAGGUUUCCAAAUCUUUCCAAUUAGCUUCCUUUUAGAAUUGAAGAACAAGUUCAAAGCAAAUUUUUCAUGAUUUUUUUUGAGUGAAAAAUGUAUAGUCACAGGUACUGCCACACUGCUUCUUUGUAUAGAGGGCUGUUUAUAUCUCUGGGAGUUUUACAUAAUUCAAGGGAGAAGAACACAUUAAAAAUGAGAAACUAAGACCAGUUAUUGUUUUCAAGACUUAUGUGGAAAACAGAAUGACUGAUGUAUUAUAAAUCAUUUUAUUUGGUGUC